UUUGGUUGAUUUUGAUGCGCAAUUUGGUCCCCUUAUAAAAUUAUUAUAAGUAUCUCUGCAGAAUGGCUCAAAAAAAUGUUCGCGAUGUCCAACAACAUUUCGCUAAAAAGAAUUCAAAUGUCAGGAGUGCGCAUAUGCCUGUGACGAUCCUCGUUUUAGUAGUGCAACAGGAAAUCCCAGAUACGGAUAUUUUUGAUAGUGAAAUCUAUACAUGUCACCAUAUUAUAUCUAAGCAUAAGCAGGCUGCCAGCGGCGAUGAUAGAACCUUUGUAGACGAAGAUGGAAACACUUAUAAUGAUUGGAAAAAUUUCAAGCAAGAAAAUAAAUUGGAAUGUGGUAUUAUGAUCGCACCGCUGAAUGGCAAUUACUCUUUCGAUGAUGAUGGUAAAGUAAAGCUGGAAUUUUCGGAAACACCAGCUGCCAAGUCCCCGACGAUUCGUGAAGUUCAGCAAGACUUUGCUGUUGAGAGUGAAUCUUUUGCUGGUUUAAAUAGUAAGUCAAAUAUGAUUUAUGUGUUAAUCACAGAUGUGAAGGACUUCGAAAAUAUAGAAAAUGUGAGAAAGUUCACAUGUCAUCCCGUGAUACGAUCGAAUAACUCUAAUUCGGAAAUUUUCGUUGACGAAGAUGGAAAGUCAUAUAUGAAUUGGGAAUGUUUCAAAAGAGAAAACAAAUUGCCUUGUGGCAUUAUGGUUGCCCCAUUGAAUGGGCAUUAUAGUUUUGAUGGAGAUCGAAAAGUAGAGCUAGAGUUUUUGGAAACGCCAUCUUUAGCUGGAGUUGUUGGUAAUAGACAAAAUAAGUCAGAAAUUUUGGAAAGGCCUUCUUUGAAUGAUGAUGCUACCAUUCGCGAAGCUCAGCUAUAUUUUGCAAGCAAAAGUAAAUCUGGAGAGGGAAACAUGUCAGCAAGCAGCAUAUACGUGAUGGUCACAAAACAGAUGGACAUUUAUAAUGCCAUGAAUUCUCGGGAGUUUUCCUGUCAUUCUGUUUUACGAAAAGACGAUGUCACAACUGAGAAUCAAAUAUUCGUUGACGACAACAACAUAGAAUACACAUCGUGGAAUGUUUUUAUUUGUAAAAAUAAAUUGCCGCAGGGCGUUAUGGUCGCACCUUUGAAUGGAAUUUACAGUUUUGACGAAAAGGGAAAUGUUGAAUUAGAGAUAAGAUUAACUCCAGUGAGUAUUCCAACGACGCCAAACCAAUUAAAAACUAUCGGCAGUCUUCAACAGCACUUUGCCGACAUGAAGAAAUAUGGAGUGGAUAUGGAAAUGGAUUCGACUGUUUUACACAUUCUCGUUACUUCAAAUGAGUAUGAAAAUGUCUUAGAAGCAAAGCAGUUUAAACAUUUUUGCGUUAAGCGCAAAAGGCAAGAUAUAUGGGAAACUAAAUAUUUUUAUGAAGACGAGAAUUGUAAUAAAUAUACUAGCUGGAGCUGUUACCUGAAUGAUAAUGAUUUGCCAGAUGGCAUAAUGGUUGCGCCGCACAAUGGCGAGUACACAUUCGAUAAUAAUGGUAAUGUAAAAUUGGACAUACAGCCAACGCCAACAAGACGCAGAAAAAUGCGAACAAUUUUGGAAGUACAGCAGGAGUUUGCAGACAACAGUGGAUUCAAUAAAGAAAUAAUUUGGGACUUAUUAUCUGCAAAUCAGUGUGAUAUUUUGAGGUAUAAAAUAACGAUGCUCAUUCCAGACCAAAAAAGAGGGCAGAGCAGAAUAGAAGAAAUGCGAAAAAUUAUUUUAGAUAGUGUUUGGUCUCAAAGGAAAUACACCAACGGAAACUCUUUAAGUGCAAUCAUAUAUGUGUUAGUUACCGAUUGUAAAGACGCAGCAACUGCUUUAAGCGCCAAGGAAUUUUCUUGUCAUCCCGUAUUUCGAACUAGAAAAUGCACAGCUAAGGGCGACAGUUCAAGUUGUUGUAUGAUAUUUGUGGAUGAAUUGGGACGAGUGUAUCAAAACUGGAAAGCUUAUCUGGCAAAUAACGAUCUCCCAUCCGGUAUGAUGAUAGCACCGCGAAACGGUAUUUACACAACCGACGGAAAUAAGAUUGUGGAAUUAGAAAUACGUAUGACACCAAAUAGCAGUAUUGCUAGAAAGGCCCUCAACUACGCGGACACAACGACAGCCGUUGCUGGAUUUGGUGCCGCUGCAAUACCGGUAGCAUCCCUGGUGGUGGCUGUAACCCCUCCACUUUUGAUUUGUGCUUCUGCUGUUUGUGCAACCACUGCUACAUAUUCAACAAUCCGAUCGGUAUAUUAUUUAGUAGACCGUAAAAAACAUGAACAGUCAAUUGGUCUUAGUAAUCCGCAAUUCAUGACAGCCGCCGCAGCUGCUGGCCAGGAAAUUUCAUUGGUUACAGAAUUGUUUGUGAACGGGAUGAAAAUUUCAUCUAUCGUAUUAUCAGGAUCAGGGGUGGCAAAUGGAAUAUUGGAUAUAGUUCUUAAAUGUCGUGACGACGAGGAUGUAUCUCACAUAGAUGUUCUUCAACUUGCAGCGUCUUUGGUGCUUUUCACUCAUUCUUUCCUCAAUUUUCGCCUGGCGUCAACACUUAUAAACGAAACACGUCACGCUACAAUUCUGGACUACCGAAAAUCGCUAAGUAAUCGCCAAAGAAAAAUGUUCGAUAAAAUGGCUAAAGAAACAAUCCGUAUCCGUGGUGAAAGUCGUGGAAAUGUAGACAUUAUCCGCAGUGCUAAUGACAUGCCCUGCAAGGAAUAUUUAAAUGAUUUGUAUACAAGAAAUAAGAAGUUAAAUGAAGCCAAAGUACUUCCAUCAUUCGGACCUGCUGGUGAUGGUAUUGUACUGAACAAUGAAGUGUCAGUCAAUGCGAAAGUUUUGCGAAACAAUGUGCAACAUAACCAAGGCCCUAAUGUACUGAAUACAGUUACGCAACCAAUACCUGGAUCACAUCCAGAAGCGAAUGCUGCAAUCAAUUCACGCUUGCUGCCCUCUAACAAUCUAAACCAGCUACCACAAUCUAGUGAUAAUGGGAUAGCAGCAAUUGUUCUUCCUAAUAGUGUCCUAAUUCCUUUGGCCGAAUAUGGAAUAAAGCUUAUUAAUAUUAUUGCCAAUUCCAACAGCUUUGAAGACAUUAUAACAACGAUGGCAGAGGCUUAUACAGAGAAUGCAUUCCGUUUCUUAAUGAAAAUAGCACAAGAAUUUGUUGAAAAAAUGCUGGAUAGCAUAAGAACUAAGAUACACAUUUUUAUAUCAGCCGAAUGCAUACUAUACCGUAUAUUUUUGCAUUGUCAAGAGAAAUACAUAGACCAGUCUUAUGAAUACCUAGCCGAUAAAAAAGAUAGCAUUUUAAACGCUAUUAAAGAGUAUUUUCAAUCUCUGAAUCCUAAUAGUGAUACAAAUUUAACAAAAUGUGAUAUUUGUAUUGGAUCUUAUUCGAUAUGUACACUAUGAAGAUACAGAAAUAUGUAUAUAUUUACAAAUUUUUCGUUUUGCACAAUCAGUUUCAGAAAAGUCGUCAUGGGAAGCUUUUUGUAAUAUUAUUGUAUAUUAGUAUAUUAGC